GCCCUCUCAUAAGUCAUUAUCCCUUCUAAACAGAAGAGAAGGGAUAAAAGUGAAAUUUUAGAAAUUUCGCCGGCGAGGAGGCGGCGUUUAUAUAGAUCCUGCUUCAGAACUCAUUGCGACGGUGACAAUGCCGCCAAUGGAAGGGUCAGAAAUCGGAACCCUAGAGAAAAUUCCGAUUUGGCCAACGAACCCCUCAACGGGUAACCGCCGAAGAAGGCCGCUCAGGAGCCGGACUGUCGAUACACUUCUUCAUAUCCUGUCCGUUUGCUAUGCCGAUUCUUCUCAUAUCACUCAAAAUUCAGAUAAGGAUGACACUCAUAUAGAAUCAGUCACAAAAGAUGAUGUUCUCUUCACUUGCACCAAUAUCAUAUCAAAUGAUUCAGAACAUCAAGAAGAAACAAAUGUAGCUGAAACCAGAGUGAUUUUAGGUACCCAAGAAGAAAGUUUAUGUAAUACUAAUUUACAUGUGGAACCUGUUGAACAAGAUCAUAACAUAUCAGAAGAAAGUUUGGAUCUUUCUUCUCCUCAUUUAGACACAAAUAAAGAUGUUGAAGAAGGAGAAAUUUCAGGAGAGUUUACAAAUUUGGUUCCUGAAGAUAAUGAUGUGGAAUCUGUGGACAAAACAGGGUCAGAAGAACAUGAAGAUUUCACUGGUAUCAAUUCAGGAUUUGAGAAAAAUAACAGUUUGACUUUGACCCCCUUAUCUAUUAACAAAGCUGAUGAUAUUGUGUCUGCAAAUAACUUAAUAAAUAAUGCAACCAAGAAUCAAGAUUUUGGAUUCCCAAUUAAGGAUAAGGGUGCCCAAAAUAAUAAAAAGAGACAGAGAUCUUGCAAUGAUGAAAAAGGAACAAACAAAAAGGCAAAAAAGUCUGUUGACCAGUCAACAUGUCCGGAAGGUUUAACAAAAACUGGUGAAAACCCUGAGGAUGCUUCUGCUAACAAGGAUGCUGAUACUAAGAAGAAAAGAGAAGCGGGUUUUGACUGCAGAAAGAAAAGCAAAGAAAAAGCGAAAAGAAAAAAUCAAACAUGCCAUGAGGGUGAGAAUUGUAAAUUUUCUCAUGAUACAACCCCCUUGACAAAAUCCAAGCCAUGUUGUCAUUUUGCACGCCAUUCUUGUAUGAAAGGUGAUGAGUGUCCAUUUGAUCAUCAACUCUCAAAGUAUCCCUGCAAUAACUAUCUUUCAAAAGGCUUCUGCCCACGUGGUUCAGACUGUAUGUUCUCUCACGAGGCACAACCAAGUGAAGCCUCCUUAAACCCCUUAAACGAGUCAACUUCUGAACAAAAGCUGAGUUCCAAAUUACAAAUUAACAAUCAUACAGCUUCUUCACCAAAACCAUCUGUUCAAAUUCAACCACCAAAAGGUGUAACUUUUAUUUCACGUGAAAAAAUCGACACAAAACCAAAAUCGUCUCCUCAACCACCGAAAGGGAUAAGCUUUUUAUCGCAAGAAAAGUUACCACUAGAAGCCCAAUCGUCUCCUAAGGUAAAUUCCGAGGGUGAAAUGACCAAAACGCCCCCGGAAAUUCCCCGGGGGAUAAACUUUUUGUCGUUUGGUAAAAAACAUUCCGACGAUGGGUUUUCUUUCAAGAUUGGGAAGUCUCCGUUGAGCAAGCCGGAGGGUAUAAUUGUAAAUGUGGAUGAUGGUGUUAAAGUUGUCACACAAAUUGACAACAGUGACAAGAUAAGGACAAAUUCAGAGCCUCCAGCUCGAAAACCGAUGCCUGUGCUGCCAUUUUUGUCAAGUACAUCACGGAGAACACUUGAGUCGACUUUAGCUUUUGCGGCUAAGUUUGACUCCAGUGUAAAGGGAAUAUGAGAAGUUUUGAGUUUUGACCAUGGGCGUUAUGGUAAUUUCCACCAUGUCAUUGUAGAGAGAGAUCAUUGUAUUUGUCAUCUUCACCUCCAAUCAUAUCAUCUGCAAGUGCAGGGAGUCUGUUCGGGUUUCUAAUAUGGUGUUGUGUAAAUAGAGUGGCUGUUGAGUGAUUUUGGUUCAUAUAUAUACAACAAAU